AUGGUGCGGGAAAAGGUCAACCGCAUCAAGGAGAAGGCUGCGGCCCAAAAAGCAGAACGAGCCAGGAAGAAGGAAGAGGAGGAGGUCGUGGUGAGCUGCUAUGUAGGGAUGCCCAGCGUGCCAGACGACAACGAAAGUGAGGAUAGUGCUGGCGACGAAGAUGAAGAGGACGAGGAAAGCGGUCAAAAGCUGUCAGCCAAAGGCAAUGAGCACAAGCGCAAGGACGAGGAGGAAGAGGCUGAGCUUGAUGGCAGGUAUGCUGCUGACGACGCAGUGGCCGACAUCUACAGCUCCACGGUGGAUACGCCCGCCUCUUCGUAUGGCCCCUCGCCCUACGAGAGCUUCAAUCGCGGCGCCGGUGAAGGGCAGUCGGUCUACUACGCCGACGCGGUGGACGAAGAGCUGGCCAGGGACGAACACGAAGUGAAUGCGUUCACAAUUUGGGCGAAGGCCGACUUGCACAAGGACCAGUACAACACUGAUGUCACCGAGGCGACCAAACGGCUGAUCAAGCAAGUGAUCCCUGCAGUGGCGGAGAAGAUGAACAACCUGGUCAAGAAUCAGUCCAGGGCCGAAGAGGACCUGAUCGAGAUCAUCCAUUCGGCGGGCGUCAACAUCCGGCACCUGGGCUACCUGAGGCGGCGUGUGAACGAAAAGCAUCAACGCGACAUUCUCAUCGAGAUGAUAGCACGCGUUGUGAGGAAGGAGGUUGAGAAAUUGCUUCGCGAGAAGACUAGGUCGAGCGGCAUUCCGAGUGAGGAACCCCACAGGGUCGCUGUCGUUGGGUACCUGAAUAAGCUUCUCGGCCGAGAUAGCAAAUCUAAAGCCUUCUGGCGUCAUAUGAAGCGAACGCUCCAGGACAAGUUUGCGAUCAACAAGGAGAAGGAGAAGCUGGAGGAGGUGGAGCGAGCCAUCAACGACAAGAACGAGAUCAAGCGGCUCAAGCAAGAGCUCCGCAGCAGGGAGAAGGAGGUAACCGCCUUGUCGGAGCAGAUGGCCAGCAAGGAGGCCCAGUGGAGGGCUAAAGCCGAGCAGUACGAGGUCGAGAUCAAGUCUCUGUCGCGCACAAUCGAGAACUUUGGCCGCACCAAGUGGUGA